UUAUUGUCUUCUCAAUAUAAUAUUGCAAAACUAGAGAAUUGAUAUAAUCAGAAAGAAAGUUGCAAGAAAAUGGCAGACUGCUGGGAUGACGUGAUGGCCGGGCCUCACCCUUCAGGUGCCCUUGGCAAGCUGCGAAAGAGUCUUUCCCUCAACAUUGAUCAUGGUGGGGUGGGAGAAGGGUCCAGCAGCAAAUACCAAAAGGGGGCGAUGCCGGGCAGCCCUGUUGGUCCGGCGACACCAACUACACCAUCCCCAACGGCAGCGCGUAAAGACAAUGUGUGGAGGAGCGUUUUCCACCCCGGCAGCAACCUCGCUACCAAGUCCAUUGGUGCUGAUGUCUUCGACAAGCCCAAGAAUUCCAACUCUCCCACUGUUUAUGAUUGGCUUUAUAGUGGGGACUCCAGAUCAGAGCAUCGUUGAAUUGAUGAAGAGGGGAUACUGGAGGUCAAAUUUAAUUGUUUAGGUCGGUUUAAUUUGUUCUUUUAUAUAAUUUCAGUCGUCCGUUAAUCUAAAGACGAUAAAGACAAGAUGACAUUUUUGUAAUAAAAUCAAACUUUUUCGGAAUGCAAUUCUUUGAACAUUAAUAUACAACUAUUAUUUGAUAACAAAAUAA